GGGGCCGAGCGGCUCACUGAUUUGUCAGCAAGGCUGUUGGCUUUUGAAACUAGACAGGAAGGAGGGUUGAGGUGGAGUCCCGCACAGGAAGAGCUGAGGAGCUGACUGCAGUGACAGUGGGUGAGCGACUGGGGACUGCAGGAUGUGGUGGGUCUGUCAGUCCUGGCCCCGGUGUGAUCAGUGUGGUAAACUCCCCUGAUCCCUUCAGAGAAGGUUCCCUCAGCUCUGGACAGACCAAGGCCCUGGUCUCAGCUGGCCUGCCACUGAUUACCCAAGGCGCUCCACCACAACGGCCUCCUGCUCACUGGGGCGGAGCUGAGCCCAGGAGCAUGCAGGUGGAACCCUCUGGACACCCACUUUAGCACCCUGGAGCAGCAACAAUGGCAGGGAGAACUGUCAACAACGGGUGACAGGGGCAUAGGGACUGUGGUGGCCCCUGUGCCUGGUGAAGAGGAACACAGAUGGGACGGGCCGUAGGAGAGCUUCAAAGGAGAGGUUGCCGAAAGGUGUGAGCAGGUUGGCUACCUCCCUCCCCCACCUCCUUCUGGUUUCCUUGCUCUUAAUAGCAUCACCAUUGCCAGGUCACAGAUGAGGAAACCUAGGUGUGGAGAGACGACACAGCCUGCCCAGGGUCACUCAGUAAGUGCCAGAGCAGAGACCAAGUCCAGCACUCCAAGUCUUGUUCACUUGGGCCCCUGCAUCUCCAUGAUUAUUUUCACUGGCCAGGAAACAACAGAGGUCCACCAGGCAGCAGUCUGGACUCUUCACAGCUCCUGGCUGCAGUCACAGACUCCAUGAGGAAGCAAGAGGUGAGGACAGAUAGAGAGGCAUGCAGGGCCUAUAAUGCCGACUCCCCAGCUGAGCAGGUGAAGGCCCUUGUGGAUCUGCUGGCUAGGAAUGGUGGUCGGCUACUACAGGCCCCUAGCAAAAUGCCAGACUCCCCACUAGGAUCCCAAAGCAAUGGUAAGUCCCUUUUAGGGGUGGGGGAGAGGGGGUACCUGAACCCCCUCGCCUUGCCCUGCGAUCUUACCUGCUUUUUCCUGCGCCCUGCAGACUCAAGGAUACGGAGGCACUGUGAGGCCCUGCUGAGCAGGGUGGGAAAUGACCCAGAACUGGGCAGCCUCUCACACCGUCUGGCCAGCCUCCUGCUGGUUGAGGGCCUGACAGACCUGCAGCUGAGGGAGCAUGACUUCACACAGGUGGAGGCCACGCGGGGAGUGUGGCACUCCGCCAGGGCCAUCCCCCUGGAUAGGCUCUUCCUGCCUCUGUCCCGGGUGUCCAUCCCACCUCGCGUCUCUGUCACCAUUGGCGUGGCUGGCAUCGGCAAGACUACGCUAGUGAGGCAUUUUGUUCGUUGCUGGGCUAGGGGACAGGUGGGCAAGAACUUCUCACUGGUUCUACCCUUGACCUUUCGGGACCUGAACACCUAUGAGAAGCUGUCUGCUGACAAACUCAUCCACUCCGUCUUCCCAAACGCUGGAGAAGGUAACCUGGAGGUAACGACCCCAGACAGAGUCCUCCUGGUCCUGGAUGGCUUGGAUGAGUGCAAGACACCGCUGGAAUUCUCCAACACCAUGGCCUGCACAGACCCAAAGAAGGAGAUUCAGGUAGACCACCUGAUCACUAACAUCAUCCGAGGCAACCUCUUUCCAGAAAUUUCCGUCUGGAUCACCUCCCGUCCCAGUGCUGCUGGUCAGGUCCCCGGAGGCCUAGUGGACCGGAUGACUGAGAUCCGGGGCCUUACUGAGGAAGAGAUCAAAGCGUGUCUGGAGCAGAUAUUUCCUGAGGACCAGACCCUCUUAGGCCAGGUGCUGACUCAGAUGAAGGCCAACAAGGCUCUGUAUCUGAUGUGCACCGUGCCAGCCUUUUGUAGGCUCGUGGGGCUGGCACUGGGUCACCUGUACCACAGCAAGCUAGCUGUCCAAGACACAGAGUUGCCGCUGCCCCAGACCCUGUGUGAGCUCUACUCUUGGUACUUUAGGAUGGCCCUUGGUGGGGAGGGGCAGGACAAGGGAAAGGUAAGUCCUAGGAUUGAGCAGAUGGCCCAGGGAGCCCGCAAAAUGGUGGGGACACUGGGCCGCCUGGCCUUUCAUGGGCUGGUCAAGAAGAAAUACGUGUUUUAUGAGCAAGACAUGAAGGCAUUCGGCGUGGACCUCGCUUUGCUGCAGAGCGCUCUGUGCAGCUGUCUCCUGCAACGGGAAGAGACUCUGGCCUCCUCGGCAGCCUAUCGCUUUACCCACCUGUCUCUGCAAGAAUUUGUGGCGGCCAUGUAUUACUACAGCGCAUCCAAGAGAGCCAUCUUUGACCUCUUCACCGAGAGUGGCAUGUCUUGGCCCAGGCUGGGUUUCCUCACGCAUUUCAGGUGUGCGGCCCAGAGAGCCACACAAGCUCAGGAUGGGAGGCUGGAUGUGUUUCUGCGCUUCCUCUCUGGCCUCCUGUCUCCAAGAGUUAAUACGCUGCUGGCUGGCUCCCUGCUGGCCCAAGGGGAACACCAGAACUACCGGGCCCAGGCAGCUGAGGUCCUGCAAGGCUUGCUACGCCCUGACACCGCGGUGUGUGCACGGGCCAUCAAUGUCUUGUACUGCCUGCAUGAGCUGCAGCACACAGAGCUGGCCCGCAGUGUGGAGGAGGCCAUGCAGAGGGGGACCUUGGCUGGACUGACCAGCCCCUCGCAUCGCACCGCUUUGGCCUACCUCCUGCAGCUGUCUGAUAUCUGUUCCCGGGAAGCCAACUUAUCCCUGUGCCUCAGCCAGAGCGUCCUUCAGAGCCUGCUGCCCCAGCUGCUCUAUUGCCAGAGCCUCAGGCUGGACAACAACCAGUUCCAGGACCCUGUGAUGGAGCUGCUGGGCAGUGUGCUGAGUGGGAAGGACUGUCGCAUUCAAAACAUCAGCCUGACUGAGAACCAGAUUGGUAACAAAGGGGCCAAAGCUCUGGCCAGAUCCCUCCUGGUCAACAGAAGUCUCACCACACUAGACCUCCGGAGCAACACCAUUGGACCCCAGGGAGCUAAGGCCCUGGCAGAUGCUCUGAAGAUAAACCGAACUCUAACCUCUCUAAGCCUCCAAAGCAACGUGAUCAGGGAUGAUGGUGUCAUGUGCAUGGCGGAGGCCCUGCUCUCCAACCAGACCCUCUCCAUACUACAGCUACAGAAGAACCUAAUUGGGCCCAAAGGAGCCCAGCAGAUGGCAGAUGCCCUGAAGCAGAACAAGAGUCUAAAGGAACUCAUGUUUUCCAGCAAUACCAUUGGAGAUGGAGGUGCCAUGGCCCUGGCUGAGGCCCUGAAGGUGAACCAGAGCCUGGAGAACCUGGAUCUUCAGAGCAAUGCCAUCAGUAACACUGGAGUGGCAGUGCUGAUGCGAGCCCUCCGUGUUAACCAGACACUCUCUAGUCUCAACCUACGAGAAAACUCCAUCAGUCCAGAGGGAGCCAGGGCCCUUGCUCAAGCCCUCUGUAUGAACAACACUCUGAAGCACUUGGAUCUGACAGCCAACCUGCUCCAUGACCAAGGUGCCCAGGCCAUUGCAGUAGCAGUAGGAGAAAACCGCUCCCUCACUCACCUUCACCUGCAGUGGAACUUCAUCCAGGCUGGUGCAGCCAGGGCCCUGGGACAAGCACUUCAGCUGAACAGGACUCUGACAACCUUAGACUUACAGGAGAAUGCCAUAGGGGAUGACGGAGCUUCUGCAGUGGCCGGGGCCCUGAAGGUGAACGCGACCCUCACUGCUCUCUACCUGCAGGUGGCCUCCAUUGGCACCCAAGGGGCCCAGGCACUUGGGGAGGCCCUGGCUGUGAACAGAACCUUGGAGAUUCUCGACUUACGAGGAAAUGACAUCGGGGUAGCUGGUGCCAAGGCUUUGGCAAAUGCUUUGAAGUUAAACUCCAGUCUCCGGAGACUCAAUCUCCAGGAGAACUCACUGGGGAUGGAUGGGGCCAUAUACAUUGCUGCUGCGUUGUCUGAGAACCGUGGUCUGCGUCAUAUUAAUCUCCAGGGAAAUCCCAUUGGGGAAUCUGGUGCCAGGAUGAUCUCAGAGGCUACCAAGACAUGUGUGGUGGAAAUGUAAGGAAAUCAGGUUCCUAGGGAACCACACAGAGAUUCAGCUGGAAGCUUCAGAUCAGAGUGACCUCGAUUUCUGCACGGUUUCCUGGAAUCUGAAUGCCGCUGAGCCAGUUCUAAAGCUGGUUUCCUGGACAGGGGAAGGAAGGGCACUUCGGCAGAGGCCACAGGCAUCUUUCCUUCCCAGGGUCAGGCAAAGGGAAGAUGGACACUCUGUGACAGCAUAGGGAAGGGAAGGAGCUGCUGCUAAGGGGCACCCAGGGAUAAAAUCUCAAAGCUCCACAAAGCAGGAAGCUGGUGCAGACUUAUUCAUAUCCUGGGUCUUCAGAGUCCCAACUUAAACAACAACAACAACAACAAAACCAAAUGUGUUUCUGCCCUCGUGUGCUCCCGUGGCUAACAUCACCAUCUUGAAGGUUGCAGCCUUCAAGCCCAUUAAGCACAUUAGCUUGGCGAAGGUGAGAAUAUGUCCAUUAUUUUUCUUUUCUUAAGAAAAGAAAAAAGUUUUGGGGUGUGACCCUUAUAUACAUACGGAGAAAAUAUGAGAAAUUUGUGAAGAUCAACCAAAGGUUAAUUCUAAGGUUCUGAAGUCAGAGAGAAGUCUCCAAAGGUUCUGCAUUCUCCUGUAAGAUCUCUCAGACAUCUAGAAUGGUCUGCCAUAUUUGUAGUCCAGCAUACUGGUAUUCCAUUGCAAAUUAAGUGUUGAUAUCUUGAUGUCAUUAUCCUGUAUUUAGGCAUCCAAAACCUCUACAGUGGCUAUCGCUUACCCUUGGAGACAAAUAAGCUGUGUUUCCAUGUGGCAAAUUUCCUCCAUUGUCUGAGUGAAACAGGAAAACCUAAAUGAACUCACAGCUCUCAACCAAGCCACUAAGGUAAAUGCUUAUAAAGACCAUAAAGUGAGUCCAGGCAGUGGUGGCGCCCACCUAGAAUCCCAGCACUUGGGAGGCAGAGGCAGGUGGAACUCUGUGAGUUCAAGACCAGUUUAUAGAGCAGGGUCCAGGACACCCAGAGCUACAUAACAAGACCCUGUCUUGGAAAAAGACAAAAUCCAAACACAAGUAUCCAAAAGACAGACAUGGAAGCACACACGUGUAAUUCUAGUACUUGAGAGGCCGAGAAAGGAUCAUGAAUUUGAGGAUACCUUAACUUACAUAGUGAGAUUCUCAAAACAAAACCAAACAUUUAAAAAUUAGUAUUCGGGAGAGUUAUCAUGGAGGCUGACAGGAGAGGGGUUCCCUGGUUUUACAAGAACAGAGGCACCUGAGCAAGUGGCACGGCAAACACCACUGUGACAAGGAUGACGAAACUCAAGCCAGCAUGGCGCGCACGCUCCUGUGAUCCCCGCACCUGGUGGAGGCAGGAGGAUCAGGAGCUCAAGGCUGUCUUUGGUACUGGAGUUCAGGACCAGUUUCUGCUGCAUGAGAUCCUGUCUCAAGAAAAACAAAAGAAAAUAAAGUGACUCACUAUAACCUCACAGUCAUGGGACAAAUGAACAUCAUGCCUGGCUCAAGAUGCAGCACCAACAGAACAUUUCUGCCAAAACUGUAGAGGUAUAACCACACAAACUCCAAAUGGAAGGACUUUCUACCAAGCUGGUCUGACUUCCAAAAGAUGUUACAAUGGUCUGGAGAUGGUUCUAAAUUAAACAAAUGAAAGGGGUUUAGCAGUGAAGUACAAGGUCCUGGAUUGGCUCGAGGUUGGAGCAAACACAUAAUCUUAAAGAAUACUUGGAAACUGAA